AUGGACAGAACUUCCACCACGCAGCUGCUAGCCACGGCGACCGUUUCAAACCUCCCAAAUUUAGUCACCGAAGAAAUCUCCAGCACACGCUUCCCCGCCGAGGCAGUCGCGAUGCCCGCUACCCUCAGCGUUUGGCGCGACGAGCGCACCGGGCAGACCUACAACGCACCCCUAGACAACCUCGACGGUCUGGCACGGGCCGCCGACGGAUCGACGCUGGCGCCCGGCGACGGCGGCAACCUGGGCCCGUUCCAGGUGCUCAUACCAGUGUCGGCGGUGGGCUGGGUGCUGUUCGGGGCGGGCUGCAUCCUGGCGAUCAACGGCAAGGGCCGGGCGGGCCGGUGGGUGCCGGAGUGGUACCUGGACUCGGACGGCACGCGGCGGGACCGGGCGCUGGUGGCGGCGUGGUGGCUCGCGGUGCUGCUGCUCUGGCCGGUGAUCCUGCCGGCGCUGCUGCUGGGCAAGGUGGUGCGCGGGGUGCGCAGGGCCCUGGACAAGAGGGCGAGGCGCGGCCGGCAGCGCAAGGCUCGUAGGGACGAGGAGUCACGGAUGGCGCAGAAGAAUCAGGAGCUGGACGCGUCCUCGACGCAGUGA